GGUUCGCAGGUUGUCCGCAAAUUAAUGGGUCAGUUCUUCGUCUUCUCUUACUAGAUGCAUCAAACCGAUUCUAACUUUGAUCGCCUUCAACAGAUUUCAUGUUUGAGCUAUUGCAUGCAAGAGAUUCGAUAAGAUCAGUGAUUGCAAGCCUUCGAUGGAGAUUAUGUCCGUCUCCUGCAGAGAUUAGAGAGUUAGUGUUUCCUCUGCCUUAUUCUUCCCUCACAAGCUUUAAAUUGUCAAGCCUUCGAUGGAGACUAUAUCUGGUCUCGUUUACAAGCAUUUUGGUAAAGAGAUCAUAGCUAAGGAACUUAACGUCGACCAAGAUCACCCUGAUGUCCUUCGCUUGUUUCUAGCUGUCUACAAGAGCUUCAUGGAGGCGAUUGAUGCUGUGGAUAAUGGAAUUAAUCGGUAUGAUACUGAUCAGCCUCCGAGAUAUGUGAACAACACGCAUUUGUCUUCGAGGGUUGGAAGGUUAAAUCUUGAUUGGAUAGACCCUGACCAGUCCCAGGAGAAGGAGAAUGAGGCUUUCAAGCUUGCCAUGGCUCUUGCUGGCAAAGAGUUUCUCCAAAGUUUAAGAUUUCACGCAAGGUCGUGGUUGUCGGCUCGAUCAAUCGUGAUGCAGUGUCUUGAAGAAAGAUUCAAGACUGACCCUAGUGGCGAGAUCAUGGAACUUAAAAACUUCUGCCCUGUAAGUGCUUUCACUGUCCAUUCCUCUUGUCAAUGCUACUCACAGUGAUGAUUCUUAGUUAUUGGUUUGUAUAGAUUUUGGUGAUCAUGUUAGAAUAAGUUUGCUUUGGCUUGGUUCUUAGUAAGAAUUUUUUCUGAAUGUAAAGUUUUUGUUGUGUGGAAUCUGGAUUGAUAGCCUGAUAGGAAAAGUAUAUAUACGAUGUCUAGCUAUUAUAAAUAUGAAUUCAAUACUUCUAGUCUUGAUUCUCUUGAAACUUGAAAGCUUCUGU